UUCAGUCCUUUCUUUCGUUCUUUGGUGGUAGCGAUGGCGCAGGAGAAUGUCGAUCUCCAGAACGGUGGAGCCGAGAACGGGAGCUCCAAGGCCGUGAUCUUCUCCUCUCUCAAGCCCCAGCUGUGUGUCCCAGCUCCCAAGGCCGCUGAAGCCGUCCAGUUCUACAAGACGGCCUUCGGAGCUGAGGAACUUAAGCGUUCUGUCCACCCAAAGAGGAAGGCGGAACAAGAGCUCCCUCUCAUCCUCAGUGCUGAACUCAAGCUCGGUCCCUACGUUUUCAUUGUUUGCGACAUCACCGACGAAAACUUCAGGCCAACUGACGGAACGGGCGUGGCCUUCUGCCUAGAGACUGACGACGUUGAUGUCGCCGUUAAGAAGGCCGUCGGUGCUGGCGCGGAGGUCGAGGCAGAGCCUGCUGAGGACGAGGGCGCGUGCUACGGUGUGCGUGCAGGGAAGGUGAAGGACCCCUUCGGAUACGUCUGGGCCAUCUGCACUCCUGCGAAGAAAGACGCUGCUGACGUGGAUGAUUAAUAGCCUUUGGAUGUUGUUGCCGCUUUUUUCUAUUUUGCUGCUUUUCUGAAAAAAGGACUGAUAGUAACUUAUUUUAGUCUAUGUAGUGAAA